GGGGGGGGGGCAAAUUUCUCGGAGGAAAAUUUUGACAAGCCCAAAAACAAAGGUUUUCAAAUUUCAACCACAAAUUAAGGAUAUUUCGUACCCGAAAAAAAUUGACAAGCAAAAAAAAAAGGUCUUCAAUUGCAAAAGUAGGGGCACACCUCAAUUUUUAAUGGCAUUUUUACAUUACAAAUUUUAAUUUUGCUCCUCAAAAGGGGGACACGUGCCCCCCCCCCCCCCCUUGAUCCGCGCCUGCGGGGGAGGGAAGGGGUGGGAUAUAGAUGGGAGGGAGAUGGAGGGAGAGAUGGGGGUGGGAACUUGUCAGAUCCACUGCGCUCUUCAAGAGCAGUGGCGUAAAUAACAUACAGCGGGAGACAUUUAACCAAUACAAACUCUUGAACAAACAGAGCCCCAUGUUAAGAACAAGUAAAAUUAUCAAUAAGAAUGGUACAAUUCUAUGACAGACCCCAUUCGACCAAUCAGCUGAUAGAAUUUAGGCCAAAGAAUUACAUAAAAACAAAUCCGACCAAUAUGUAAGCGUUACGUAACGAGGCCCCAGAACGCAUACAAGGGUGAUGCACCUCCACGCUUAUCCUCACUCUCGUGGACAUCUUUCCAACUAGAAGUCGACUCUCUCCCCCUCUCUCUCUCUCGAGCUCAGAGUUUCUGACAUCGUCGACAUCCACUUGGUCCUGCUCAUCGACAUCGCUAGACCGUCAUCAUGCCUCAGUACAAGCUCGUGUAUUUCGAUGUCCGUGCCCGUGCGGAGAUUUCUCGGUAUCUCUUCGCCCAAGCCGGCGUCGAGUACGAAGACUGCCGUCUGAAUUCGGAGGAAUUUGAAGCCAUGAAAAAAGACGCAUCAAAGAUACCGCUUGGUCAACUUCCGGUGCUUGUAGUCGAUGGUGAACGAGUGAUUCCACAGAGUCAAGCUAUAGCCCGAUAUUUAGCAAAGCAAUUUGGGAUGUAUGGGAAGAAUGUCAAUGAGGAGACGACCGUUGAUGUCCUUACCGAUUGCGUGGCGGAUAUCUUUACCAAAAUGAUCAAGGUGUCUUUCGAGAAAGACGAGGCCACGAAGAAAGAGUUGUCGAAAAACUUCAUGGAGAAGGACAGCGUAGCCAUUCUCACUUUCAUGGAAACUACUUUGAAGAAAAACGGUGAAGGAAAAGGGUUCUUCGUUGGAGAUAAAAUGACCCUAGCCGAUAUCGCUGUCUUCACCCUGAGCGAAAUGCUGGACAAUGGAUUCCCAGGCCUGAUGGACAAGUACCCCCUCUUAAAAGACUUCGCAGGGCGCGUGAGGGCGCAACCUAAAAUCGCCGCUUGGAUCGCGAAGAGACCGGAAUCGUCUUUCUAAACGCAUCGAAUUUCAUACAGACUUCAUUUACAGAACGAUCUCAGUGACUGCCUCUUAAACAUUUAACAUGUUGUACGAUAAAAGUGAUGAGCUUUUUCCACAAGACACUUUUCUCCAUAUACUUCAGAGAAAACACACAAUUUUCCAAAUGCUUUACAGCCAAGUGUCUGGUCUUGUCAAUUGAAAUCUGGUGUUUGUUGCACAAAAAACUGCGUUUAAAGUAAACGCAAAUUAAGAAAAUCAAACGUAGGCCCCCAAUGAGUGUUUUUGAUUGAGUGGAAACAAAGUGGUGUUUGAUCACAUCUCUUUCUGUGAUGUGCCUCAGAUCUGUCACCCACAUUUCAUAUUAUAGGAGAAGCAGGUGGCUUCAAAAUCGGUUUAAUCCAUAUUUUGAUCAAAGGCAGGAAUCAAUAACCUAAGCCGUGGCCGAAUGGUCUAUAAGGCGCCUGGCUAUACAUAGAAAGUCCGGGGUUCGAUCCCCGGCCGCGGCACCUAUGCCCGUGAGCAAGGCAUGUAAUAUACGAUGCUCUUUUGCCCUGCUUUCAAAUAAAUGGAUUUGCUUAUAUGCAUUAUCGGUAACUUGGUGUGCACUUGUUUAAAAAAAAUUACCUAAUUUUCAAUGAAAAACGGAUUUACCGCCGUUUGAAAAUAUCAAAGUGUGGGCGAAAAGGGAGAUUUGGAACAGAGGCUCUUACAUUCACAGGGGCCACGGAACGAUUUUGAAAGUGGGAGGGGGCUGACCAUGCAUUUCUUUUACCGUUUUACUCUGUUUUUUCUAGGUCACACCCCCCCCCCCCGCGGCCCUUGAUUCAUUGUUAAGAGGCAGUCUUGCCAAACCUAGAAAUACCGUUACGGAAGAUUUAAUCAGAUAAGAAAUUAAUGUGAAAAACCAAACGGCUGAACCAAAUAUUUUCUUACGAGACAAAAACAUGUUAACAAAAGUUUUUCGCUGAGUCAUUCAAUCUGGAAGUAAACACUGAAUUUACAUUAGAACGGAUCUUAUUAGCACUCCGUAAGGGUUGGCAACUCUUCAAACUAACAAACAAAAUGUCCAAACACAUUUGAACUUGUUUGUUUUGUACGGAAUCCGGAAUCUCCUAUAUUGCAUACAUAACCACAUUAUUGCUGUAUAGUUUACAUUAUAUAUAAAGAAGGUGAGGGAGAGUGUAGGUAUUUUACAAUGAAAUGCUUUUUUUGUACUGACUAUACAUACAUAAUUUUGUAUUUGAAUAAAGAAAUGUAAAAAGAUUCAUAA